AUUUUCGAAGAAGCGUAGCCAUGAAACUCAGAUUGAGAUCAUUCGAUUCGAAAGAAACCCUAAAAAUCGAAGUUCAAAAUUCAUGCACACUUUCCCAACUCAGACAAAUCCUCUCUCAAACCCUCUUCAAUUCUCCGCCUCCCGCUUCAAUUCGCCUCUCUCUUAAUCGGAAAGACGAUCUCGAAUCCGACGGCGAAGACUGCCUCCAAUCGCUCGGGAUCGCCUCCGGCGAUCUUGUGUUUUUCUCCCUUGAACACCCGCCGCCGCCGCCUGAAUUGAUUUCGCACCACCAGAAUCCUCUUUCCCAGGUAAUCGAUUCUACACCGAAACCAGGCUCCACGAGCUUCAAUACCGAUAAUACCCUCGCCGAAGGCCAGGUUUCGAAUUCUGUGAAUUUGGUUUCCCGGGAAGAGGAAACCCUAGAUGGCGGCGGUGGUGGUUCGGUUAUGGAUGAAAUGGAAGUUGACGACGAAAACCUAGAGGGUGGUUAUGUUGCCCGUGAGUCGUUUUCUGUACCUGGAUUUUUGAGGAAAGUGUUCAUGGAGGAGCUGAACGAAGAUAGUGGGCGUCAUCACAAGCUGAUCAUAACUGCAAUCCACGCGGUUAUGCUGGAUUCCGGUUUUGUCGGUUUCGAUAAGAAAACGAACACCGUAAUUAGUGGCUCCCAUUUGCGUAAUGAGUUGCCUUCGGAUCUGUUUAGAGUGUCUCUGUUUUACACACUGCCGGAAACUGGUGGCAAAUCCGUCAAGAACGUCGUGUUGAAAUUUCAGAGCGUAGGGAAAUUCAUCAAUGUAUAUGGUACGUUGGAGAACGGUUCGUCGGUGAAGAGGGCUAGUACGCAUUGGGUGAAACUAAACGAGGAUCAAUUGGUUCCGUUUCUAAACGUUGUAUGGGCCGACUGUGGGGAAGAUGUAUUGAUGUUCGAUACAUCUCCGGAGAAAGAGGUGUUUGCAUUCUGGAGGAUCGUGAAGGAUAAUCUCGCGUUGCCUUUGUUGAUCGAUUUGUGCGAGGAAUCCGGUUUGGAACUGCCCCCUUGCUUUAUCCGACUACCGACCGAUCUGAAACUGAAAAUCUUGGAGUCUUUAUCGGGCGCUGAGUUAGCUAAAGUGAGCUGUGUGAGCUCCGAGUUGAGGUAUUUAGCUUCGAGCGAUGAUUUGUGGAAAUCGAAGUGUGUGGAGGUAUUUGGCGAUGAGAGAAACGAGGCACGUUUGAGUUGGAAAAGGGUGUUUGCUAUGGCUUGGGCAAGGCGGAAGAGUAUUGUAGCUGCUCCUAGGAGGAGAGGGUUUCCGAAUCCAUGGAUGGUGCCGCGGGUCCCACGAAUGAUUGGCGAGGAAUUUGGGGAUGUUUUAUUACAACCUAGGAUUCUCCAUGCUUAUGAUCCGAGGAGGCGGAAUUUUCCUAAUUUAGGUGUUCGUGGUGGUGGUAGGUUCGUCUAGGUAUGGUGUUUUUUCAAGGUGUUGUAAUUUUACUGUUUUGAAUUAUGUUCAUUUGCUUGUUUUCGGACUUCCAAAUUUUCCGUUAAUAUGUUCUCGAUGUUCUGUUUUUUGUAAUUCAGUUGCUGGGAAAAAUAGAAAGAAUUUGUUUUUUUUUAA